UACUACGUAAGGCUUUGUGCAGUGGGGUUGAAGAAGAUGAACAGAAAAAACAACAGUGAAAAAUAAAUAACAACCAAUGAGUACAUGAACAAUGAAACAAGGACAAUGCUGAUCAAGUUGCAAAGGUUAAUACAUGGAGCUAUCAAGUUUGGUUCUCUGUCAGAAUCAUGGUCCAUCACUCAACGUUCCUCGCAUUCUCUCACAGAAGAUCACAGUGUGUUCCACCGCGUUCUACAACGCUCCAGAGCUUCUAUGGACUCCACAACCGCCGCUAAAACUCACGCAAAACUCAUUGUACACGGGUAUGCCACUUACCCAUCUCUUGUGGCGGCUCUGAUAUCAACCUAUGCUCGCUGUCACCAACCCCACAUUGCCCAUCACGUUUUCUCCCGAGUUAUGGAUACCUUCAGCAAGAAUUUAGUGAUUGAGAGCUUGAUGAAAGCUGGGGAAUGUGACAUUGCCAGGAAGGUGUUUGACAAAAUGCCUGUUAGAGAUGUGGUCACAUGGAACACUUUGAUUGGAGGGUAUGUUAAAAAUGUGCGCUUUCUUGACGGGUUGAGGCUUUUCCGUGGCAUGCUGAGUGCCGAGGUUGAGCCUGAUGGGUUCACCUUUGCUUCUGUUGUUACCGGGUGUGCGCGCCUUGGGGCUCUUUGCAAUGCCAAGUGGGUGCAUGGUUUGAUGCUUGAGAAAAGGGUUAAACUGAAUUAUAUAUUGAGUGCUGCAUUGGUUGACAUGUAUGCUAAGUGUGGUAGGAUUGAUGUUUCAAAGCAAGUUUUUGACACUGUGGCGCGUGAUCAUGUGUCUGUUUGGAAUGCUAUGAUUAAUGGGUUAGCGGUUCACGGGCUUGCUUUGGAUGCUAUUGCUGUUUUUUCAAGGAUGGAGGUGGAAAAUGUUUUGCCGGAUUCCAUUACCUUUGUUGGGAUUCUUAAAGCAUGUAGCCACUGUGGAUUGGUUAACGAAGGUCGUGAGCACUUUAAUAUAAUGCAGAAUCGGUUCUUGAUUCAGCCGCAACUUGAGCAUUAUGGAACCAUGGUUGAUCUCUUGGGACGAGCAGGGAACUUGGAAGAAGCCUGUAAUAUGAUUAAGGCUAUGCCGGUGGAGCCUGAUGUUGUUAUCUGGAGAGCACUUCUGAGUGCAUGUAGAAUUCACGGAAAGAAAGAACUAGCUGAAUUUGCCAUUGCAAAUAUUUCCCGUCUUGAGAGUGGAGAUUUUGUCUUACUAUCAAAUAUGUAUUGCUCUUUAAAGAACUGGCAUAAUGCUGAGAGAGUGAGAAAUAUGAUGAAAAUAGGAGGAGUUCGUAAAAAGCGGGGUAAGAGUUGGAUUGAAUUGGGGGACAGCAUCCACCAAUUUAAUGCAGCUGAUCAGUCACAUGCUGAAAUGAAAGCAAUUCACAGGGUGCUGGAAGGUUUGAUCCAGAGAGCUAAGUUGGAGGGCUUCACCCCCUUGACGGAUCUCGUAUUGAUGGAUGUUUCUGAAGAGGAAAAGGAGGAAAAUUUAACAUAUCAUAGUGAGAAGUUGGCCUUGGCCUAUGGGAUUCUGAAAAGUAGCCCUGGAACAAAAAUUAGGAUUUCCAAAAACCUGCGUAUCUGUCAAGACUGUCAUAAUUGGUUUAAAAUUGUUUCAAGAAUAUUAAACAGAGAGAUAAUUGUGAGAGAUCGCAUCCGUUUUCACCAAUUUGAGGGCGGAUUUUGCUCUUGUGGAGACUACUGGUAGCUAUGAGAGUUCAUGCUUGGUUGUAUAUGAGCAGCCAUUAGCUGAUACACAUUAGAUGAAUGAGAAGAAACUGGCAGAAGUGAGUGAAGGGGAUACGAAAUCCUUAUGCAUUUAAAUAUGCGCAGCUCUCUCUAGUCUCUACAGCCACCGAAAUCCUAUCCACUGCGGUCUAUGGCUUGCCUGUAAGCUUAAAAACCAUGUUUGGGCAUGUAAUCUCUGAGUUACAUGGUUUUAAGCUGCUAUUAUGCAAAUAUGGGUGAAGUAAAAAUGGUAGCAUGCAAUUUGGGAAUCAUUAGUUUUUUACCUUUUUCUGAUAAUGGAGAAUGUCCCUACUGAGGAUGAGCAAGAAGUAAACCCAUAAGUAGACAAGUGACAGCCAUUCAAGUGAGCCCAAUGGCACAAAGAAACGGUUAUUGCAAUGAACACAGAAGGGGAAAUAAGUACAGCUAUUGCAGUGAACCUAAAAGGAGAUGAAGUGGCUGCACAGCACUCAUACCAUAAAGGAAAAGAGGACAUCCAGAUGGACCAUGAUGCUUGAGAACUCCUUGUCGGAUUAAGAAAUAACGAAAUUAGAAGGGCAAUAUUCAAAGAAACUGACUUUAAAGAGGAGUAGUAGGUGGUGGAAGUGGAAGUCCACUUCCCCUUUUUGGUCCGGAAGCUGCUACUUAACAUUUUUCUGGGAUCACUUCUUGCUGACCUCCAAGUAGGUUAUUGCCAAUUAUUAGAAAAAAGGAACAGUGAUUGUAAUUGCAGACAGUCAUUUUUAAUUUACCCAUUAUAUUUAUACAAUAACAACUUAGAACAAUUUCUACUUUACCCAUUGCUUCAUUCACUCUCAUUGGACUACAUCCAUCAUUCAUCAAUUUCAUAUGGAUUUAUAAAAUUGUUGUAGUCAGCACUAAAAAAUAGAGAGCUCUUGUACUAUGAUUUUAUCAAGUGCGAUCCUCUCUUGUUUAACAGUUAAUACUGAUCAUUUGAAAGGCUU